AUGAUACACCAUAAAACACUCAUUAUCGCACUCAUAAUCAAAUUUAAAUAUUAUACAACCGGUGUGAAUGGACAACAGUCGCACACAUCUGAGCGCCUUUUUAUACAACGUAUCACGCCUGAAAUUACCGAAGAUUCCAAGUUUUUUCCACAAUAUCUAGUGGAUUAUACUUAUAGUGGAUACGAAUUGUAUCCAUGGUCACAAGAGAGCAUUUAUGAUCGCAACAUAUUUUCCUACUCGACAGAUAUAUUACCGAAAGAUGUGUUGAAAUUGUUGAAUACUUCAGAAUGUAGCCACUUCAUAGUUACCAUUGGCGGUGGACAUUGGGACUACGAUAGAUUUUCCAAUUCCCCUAUUGAAAUUGUGCCAAAUGGAGCUACUUUGAUGGCCAACUUGCCCAGUAAUUUUGUGCAACAAGCUUGGCCUAUGUUAACCCAUGGACUUUGGGGUCUCACCGGUGUCUCAUUCAACAUGUCAAAAUCACCCAUAGUUCUUGCAAAUAAGCCAUUCGUUGGUAAAAACAAAUCUGUAUUGGAUGAUUUGAAGUUACGCUUGGAUCAGGUGUACAAUUGGGUUGAUGAUACGAAUGAAGAGAAUUACUAUUUGGACACUAGGGAGAAUCCCAGACAAGCUUCGAAAUUAGAAACAAUGGAAGAUUUGUUGUACAAGAUUAGUAGACGGGAGAGGGCGUUGUAUUUUGACAAUUUGACACAGGAAAAUUUGUGCACUGACAAUUUAUACAAUUUGGAAAGGUUGCUUCCCUGCGGGUUUAGGAAAGGAUUUGCCAUGAUUUUUAGCGAUUUACACCAUAUAAUUAGUUCAGAAUACAAAGGUGUAAAACUGUCGGCAUCACUUCAUAACGGCCGCUAUUAUUAUUCAUUGAACAUACACUAUGUAACUAUUGGCGAGGAAUUAGAUAAUCUAAAAUUGCUGGAUAACUGUAUUAACAAAUGCCAUUGUAUGAAUGAAUCACAAUUAUUCAUUAGAUCCAGUCAAGCUGAUAUAGCUGGCGGAUCUAACAUGGGCGAUGGUUCAUAUAUUUACAUUCCUAAAGUUGUAGACCUAAAAGUUGCGUUAAAAACUGCUAAGCCAAUAGAUGGGCGCGGAGUCACGGUUACAUACGAGGAAUUAGAUGCACCGGGUGUAAAUCGCAGAACCAGCUCAACUCUACUAAUUACAAUCAGAAACCCUACGGAUAAAGUCGUAAAAAUUGCUUCCAUCACUGUUCUGCCCAAAUGGAUAAUCCCACUUGGUCACACACUAACAAUCAAAACUGAUAAUAAUCUGUUAUGCGUUGCUGAAGAUUGUUUCCAUACGUUGGGUAUAGAAUCUCAAUGGAUUGUAAAUAACCAAUUAACCCCGGACACUAGAUCUAACAUCCUGUUCGUCACCAAACUAUCUGCUAAUUCAAGAUUAUAUAUAUCAUUCCAGAUACUUAAGACACUGUUAGGUUAUUAUUCCAUGGGUCUUGGAGAGUUGAGAGGACAGAUUUUGCCUGGGACAGUCCUCUUCUACCAGGAUCAGUUAAGUGUUUGGCCAGAAUCUUAUCGCAAUUACUUAUCCAAGCUUUCGGCAUUAGCAUCAAUAGGACUCACUGAUACCCAUGUGGAUAUGACUCAGCAGGAACAAGUACCAUUCAGAUCUCUGCUAGACGAAAUGAUUGACAAUUCUUGGGGGUUUGCCCAUAAUACCAAGUGCCUGGUGUCCAAUCCAUUAAUGAUAAAAAUAUUGCUCUCCGAUAAUACGGUAUCUUACAAUGCAAUGGUUAUCAUUGGCAUUGCUAUUGGGAUGUUAUUUGCCUUUGUUUACAAGUCUACAAUUGAAGAUGUGGACAAGAUUACAUUCACAAGCACUAGUUCUGUUGUUGGUGCGCCUAUGGGGAAAAAGAUAGACUGA